AUGCCGCCAAGCGCACAGCCAACCGAGAACGGCGAAGCCCUGGUGGAUGUUGGCAUUGUGCUGAACCCGAACCCAACGAUUACCGAGCCAUGGACAGUGGAAAAAGUGGUUGAGACCAUUCCUACGGGCAAGCCUGUCGAGGGAACAAGCUCGCCGGUUGAGUACUUCCACCUCCUCGAGCGCCUCAAGACCACCAAGCGGGAGGGAUGGCGGAGAUUCGGGAUUGACCGGGGCGAGUCCAUUUCCGACCACAUGUACCGGAUGUCGAUGAUGAGCAUGCUGGCGCCCCCGGCCCUUGCUGCCAAGCUCGACCUGGCCAAGUGCAUGAAGAUGUGCCUGAUCCACGACAUGGCCGAGUCGAUCGUCGGCGACAUCACCCCCGUCGACAACGUGGCGAAGCCCGAGAAGAGCCGGCGCGAGGCGACGACCAUGGAUUACAUCACGCAGGGGCUGCUCGGCAAGGUGGACGGCGGGAACGUCGGGUCCGAGAUUCGGGCCAUCUGGCAGGAAUACGAGGAUUCCAAGACGCUUGACAGCCUCUACGUCCACGACAUCGACAAGAUGGAGCUCCUCCUGCAGAUGAUCGAGUAUGAGAAGCGCGGCAAGGGGAGGCUGGAUCUGGGCGAGUUUACCUAUGUCAAGACAAAGAUCGUGCUCGAGGAGGUUAAGGCUUGGGCGGAGGAGAUCAUGAAAGAGCGCGACGACUUCUGGGCGGGGCAGGCUCAUGUUGAUGGCGGAAGCGGGGUCGGUGGUGGUCUUGCAGCCGCGCACAAGGCGAAGCAGGAUGCAUACUACAGCAAGGAGUAG